AUGUCCAUGUCCAUUGAGGAAUGCGCCGUCGCGCGCCCCGGCUUCCCCAAGCCCUUCCCCGAGACGCCCUCCAAUGUCACGGAGCAGUUCAAGAUGAGCGGCAAGGUGACGGUCGUCAACGGGGCGGCGGACGGCAUCGGGCUCGCGGUGGCCGAGGGCAUUGCCGAGGCGGGCGGCCACGUCGCGCUGUGGUACAACUCCAACGACGUGGCCGUCCAGCGGGCGGAGGAGCUGGCGCGCGCGCACAGCGUCAAGGCCAAGGCGUACAAGGUCAACGUGACGGACCCAGAGGCGGUGCAGCGGACCGUCGCGGCGGUGGUGGACGACUUUGGGCAGCUCGACGUCUUUGUGGCCAACGCGGGGACGGCCAUCUCCAAGCCGAUCCUGGAGCAGACGCUGGACGAGUACAAGUUCCAGAUGGCGGUCAACGUGGACGGCGUGGUGCACUGCGCCAAGUACGCGGGCGAGGUGUUUCGUCGCCAGGGCCGGGGCAACCUCAUCAUCACGUCGUCCAUGAGCGCGCACGUGGUCAACGUGCCCGUCGACCAGCCCGUGUACAACGGCACAAAGGCCUUUGUCACGCAGUUUGGCAAGUGUCUCGCCCGCGAGUGGCGCGACUUUGCCCGCGUCAACAUGGUCAGCCCGGGCUUCUUCGACACCAAGAUGGGCGCCAGCGACCUCUGCAUCCACGAGGCCUACCGCAUGGCCGUCCUCGGCCGCCAGGGCCACACCAAGGAGAUCAAGGGCUUGUACCUGUACCUGGCGAGUGAUGCGUCCACCUACACCACGGGCGCGGACAUGAUUGUCGACGGGGGGUACACGUUGGCUUAG